AUGCAACAAUCACUGGUCGCAGCCGCAGGGCUUCGGUCUACUUCGUUGUCCCGAGGCACUGUCUCCUCCUUGACAAGCAGGCGAUGCCUCAACCUGUCUGCCAGAAGACAACUUCUUCAGUCCAGCAAGAAUGUGCGCCCUGUGCAGUUCAGACCAUUCUACUCGAGCACCGCUGCCGAGACCGAAUCCACCAGCGGCGGCAAUGCUCAGUCCACCCUGUUUGCGCCUCUGGACACCUUUGCCCGCAGACACAUCGGUCCCGGGUCUGACGACACAAUCGAGAUGCUCAAAGCCUUGGACCCACCCGCAAAGUCCCUGGACGAGUUCGUAACCCAGGUCCUGCCUGCAGACAUUCUGUCGUCCCGCGACCUGAAGAUCGAGGGACCUGCCACCCAGGACAGCAAGGGCCAGCCCGGCAAAGAGACGAGUACAGAAGGCUUCUCGGAGAGUCAGUUGAUCGAAAGACUCCGAGAGAUUGCCAGCGGAAACAAGCUUGUGAGAAGUUACAUUGGAUGCGGCUAUGCAGGCACCCGCGUGCCAGAAGUCAUCAAGAGAAACGUCCUCGAGAACCCCGGCUGGUACACAAGUUACACUCCAUACCAACCUGAGAUCAGUCAGGGAAGACUGGAGUCGCUGCUCAACUUUCAGACCAUGGUCUGUGAUCUUACCGGUCUGCCCAUCUCCAAUGCUUCCGUCCUCGAUGAGUCGACUGCCGCUGCUGAAGCCAUGACUCUUUCAAUCAACGCUCUUCCCUCAGCACGCCAGAAGCGACCCAACAAGGUGUUCCUCGUCUCCCACCUUUGCCACCCUCAGACCAUCGCUGUUCUCGCAUCUCGCGCUGAGGGCUUUGGUGUCAAGAUCGAGGUUGACGAUAUUCUCAAGGAUGGAAGCAAGAGAGUGGAAGAGAUUGGCGAAGACCUGGUCGGUGUUCUGGGGCAAUACCCUGAUACCCUCGGUGGUGUUCAGGACUUCAAGAACUUAUCCGAGAAGGUUCACAAGCUGAAGGCAACUUUCAGUGUGGCCACCGACCUGCUGGCUCUUACUGUUCUCACUCCUCCAGGUGAGUUCGGUGCGGACGUGGCUUUCGGAAACGCUCAGAGAUUUGGCGUACCAUUCGGAUUUGGUGGUCCUCAUGCCGCAUUCUUCGCUUGCAGUGAACAGCACAAGCGCAAGAUUCCCGGUCGUCUGAUCGGUCUCUCCAAGGACAGACUGGGCGACAAGGCAGCUCGUCUGGCUCUUCAAACUCGCGAGCAGCACAUUCGUCGUGAGAAGGCCACCAGCAACAUCUGCACAGCUCAGGCCUUGUUGGCCAACAUGAGUGCCAUGUAUGCUGUCUACCACGGACCCGAGGGCCUGAAGAACAUUGCUCACAGAGUCAUCAACUCUACGCGUGUCGUUGCUGAGGCCGCUAAGCAGGCCGGAUACACAAUCGAGACCAAUGGUCCCUUGUUCGACACUGUUGUCCUUUCCGGAGGUGCUAUCGCUGGCAAGGCUAGUGACUUUGCCAAGUUGGCCGAGCAAGAGUACAAGACCAACUUGAGAGUGGUCGAUGAGAGCCGUAUUGGUGUCACUCUGGACGAGACCGUAGAGAAGGAGGACAUUCAAGCCAUCAUUGACUUGCUCUCUGGUGCUGCCAAGUCGUCUUCUAAGCUUACCGUCGACGCUCUUGUCAAGGAUGUUGGUCUCUCUGCAGACGAUGCCGCUUCUCACGUCCCUGCCGCCCUCCGCAGAAAGACACCUUUCCUGACUCACCCAGUCUUCAACACUCAUCACUCCGAGACCAACAUCCUCCGCUACAUUCAUCACUUGCAAUCCAAGGAUCUUUCGCUUGUCCACUCUAUGAUCCCCCUCGGAUCAUGUACCAUGAAGCUCAACGCCACCACCGAGAUGAUUCCCAUCACUUGGCCAGAGUUCUCGAACAUCCACCCCUUCGCUCCUACGGAGCAGACCAAGGGAUACAAGACCUUGAUUGAUGAACUGGAAGCUGAUCUAGCUGAGAUCACUGGCUUCCAUUCUGUCUCAUUGCAGCCCAACUCUGGUGCUCAGGGUGAGUUCACCGGUCUUCGCGUUAUUCGCAAGUACCUUGAGCAACAGCCUGGCAAGAAGCGCGACAUCUGUCUGAUCCCCGUGUCUGCUCAUGGCACCAACCCCGCUAGUGCUGCUAUGGUAGGUAUGCGCGUAGUGACAAUCAAGUGCGAGGCUGGUACUGGAAACUUGGACAUGGCAGACCUCAAGGCCAAGUGCGAGAAGCACAAGGAAGAGCUUGGUGCCAUCAUGAUUACAUAUCCUAGCACUUUCGGUGUGUUCGAGCCUAAGGUCAAGGAAGCUUGUGAUCUGGUACACAAGAACGGUGGUCAGGUCUACAUGGAUGGCGCAAACAUGAACGCACAGAUUGGACUGUGUUCACCUGGUGAGAUCGGCGCUGAUGUCUGCCAUCUCAACCUUCACAAGACCUUCUGUAUUCCUCACGGUGGCGGUGGUCCUGGUGUCGGUCCUAUUGGUGUUGCAGAGCAUCUCUCACCUUUCCUCCCCGGUCACCCGUUGGUCAAGACUGGUGGUUCUCAAGCUAUUGCUCCUAUCAGUGGCGCACCUUGGGGGAGUGCCAGCAUUCUGCCCAUCAGUUGGGCAUAUGUGAAGAUGAUGGGCGCUCGCGGUUUGACCCACGCCACCAAGAUCACUUUGUUGAACGCCAACUACAUCCUUUCUCGCCUUCGUCCUCACUACCCCAUCCUCUACACCAAUGAAAACGGACGUUGUGCACACGAAUUCAUCCUCGACAUCCGCAAGUUCAAGGAGACUGCUGGCAUUGAAGCAAUUGAUGUCGCCAAGCGUCUUCAAGACUAUGGCUUCCACGCACCGACAAUGAGUUGGCCCGUCGCAAACACUCUGAUGAUUGAGCCUACCGAGUCAGAGAGCAAGGAAGAGCUGGAUCGUUUCUGUGACGCGCUCAUCUCCAUCCGCAAGGAGAUCAAAUCGGUUGAGGACGGCAAGCAGCCCAGAGACGGCAACGUGCUCAAGAUGGCACCUCAUACUGUCAAGGAUGUUGUCACCUCUGACUGGGAGUCGAGAUCUUACAGCCGUGAGACUGCAGCGUACCCCCUAUCAUAUCUUAAGGAGAAGAAAUUCUGGCCCAGUGUUACCAGACUUGAUGACGCAUACGGUGACAUGAACCUUUUCUGUACCUGUGCACCCGCCGAGACUUUUGAAGACAUGACUGGUGCCGCCGCACCCAUGCCUACCUAA